AUGAAGAUUUGGUGUUUCUUAUGUUUUGGAGAAGAGGAGGAAGAUAAUUAUUGUAGUAAGAAGAAUAAAGGGACGAUUAUGAGGGAGGACAAUUUGUGGAAUGGAAGUGAGGGUAAAACUGAAGACAUGGAUGAUGAUGAACCUGAGGGUUUGGGAUUAGGGUUUUCAUUGGGGAGGGUAGGAAGCGAAGAGUUACAAUCACUACUUGGUGAUGUUAGAAGUGAUGUUCCCGAAAGAGAGGGGCUUGGUAUUGGUAGUGGUAGCACGGAGAUUUUUCAGUAUUAUGAUCAGUUCCUUUCAAGUAGAGGUCAGGUUAAUUUGAAAUUGGGUUUGGGGGAGGAGUCUUCAUCGGCAGCAGCAGGAUUGGACAGAGAGAAUUGUGAUCACGAUUCCCACAAUAAACGACCGAAAGUUCAUUCCUUUUCACUGGAUUGGGGUUCCAGUUUUGCAUCUGGAAUGUGUUCACAUGGCAAUGGUUAUAGUUUUCAUGGGACAGACAAUAACACCAAUCAGAGUUCCUUUGAAAAUGGGAUCCAUUACCUGUCUCCAAUGUAUGAUGGUCGCGGCAGUGACAAUCUGUUUGAUUCUUGCAAUGGGACAGAUGAUGAAGGAGUCAACUAUGAUACUUCAAGAACGGACGAUACAACAGUUCAAAUGGAUCUUACUGAUGAUUUGUUGCACAUGGUUUUAUCUUUCUUGGACCACAUUGAUCUUUGUCGAGCUGCAAGGGUUUGCCAGCAGUGGCGCGCAGCUAGUGCUCAUGAAGAUUUCUGGAGAUUUUUAAACUUUGAGAAUCGGAGCAUAUCAGUACAACAAUUUGAGGACAUGUGUCUUCGAUAUCCAAAUGCCACUGCAGUUAACAUCUAUGGUGUUCCUGCUGUCCACUCACUUGUUAUGAAAACAGUUUCAUCAUUGAGAAAUCUCGAGGUUUUAACAUUGGGCAAGGGUCAACUAGGGGAAACUUUUUUUCAGGCCCUAACAGAUUGUCAUAUGCUGAAGAGUUUGACUAUUAAUGAAGCUGCUCUUGGUAGUGGUGGUAUUCAGGAGAUACCUAUAUACCAUGAUAGAUUACGCCAUCUUCAAAUUGUGAAAUGCCGUGUUCUCCGUGUAUCUGUAAGGUGCCCUCAACUGGAGACCUUGUCCUUGAAGCGCAGUAGCAUGCCACAUGCUGUGCUCAACUGUCCCCUCUUGCUUGACCUUGAUAUAGCCUCUUGCCACAAGCUUUCGGAUGCUGCAAUCCGUUCAGCAGCAACAUUGUGUCCACUGUUGGAGUCUUUGGAUAUGUCAAAUUGUUCAUGUGUUAGCGAUGAAACACUGCGUGAAAUAGCUCUCACUUGUGGUAAUCUCCAUGUUCUCGAUGCGUCAUACUGCCCAAACAUCUCUCUUGAGUCUGUGAGACUGCCAAUGUUGACAGUACUGAAGCUUCACAGCUGUGAGGGCAUAACUUCAGCUUCCAUGGCUGCAAUAGCUCAUAGUUAUAUGUUGGAGGUUUUGGAGCUUGAUAAUUGCAGUUUAUUGACAUCGGUCUCCUUAGAUCUACCUCGACUGCAGAAUAUUAGACUUGUUCACUGUCGGAAAUUUGUUGAUUUAAAUUUACGGAGUAUCACACUGUCAUCUAUUACAGUGUCAAAUUGCCCUUCGCUCCAGCGGAUCAACAUCAUCUCAAAUUUGCUUCAAAAGUUAGUGUUGCAAAAACAAGAGAGCUUAACCACAUUGACAUUGCAAUGCCAGUGCUUGCAAGAAGUAGACCUUACAGAAUGUGAAUCUUUGACAGAUUCUAUAUGUGAUGUUUUCAGUGAUGGUGGUGGAUCCCCUAUGCUAAGAUCAUUGCUUCUGGAUAACUGUGAGGUUUGUGAUUACAUCUUCUUGCAAUUUUCCAGCUUCAUGAAUGUGGGAAAUAUGCUAAUGUUUGGUAGCAGGACUGCAUGUGAUGAAGGUGGCACAGAUGUUACAUACAUUCGUAGAAAAGUUGAAGACAACUCUACUUUUACAGAUGAAACAUGUGGCAGAAGCUCGAUGGAGGUGUCACCUAAAUUUGCUGCUUUGAAGUCCUAUGCUAAAUUAAAGGGGAUAACUAAUCUGGGUUCGAUUGGAAAAAAUAGAGAGGGAGUUAAUAGAGGGUUUGUGGUCAACAAGAGUUUGACAGCAGUGAGAUUUUUGAGCACUUCUUUAAUCAGCCUUUCACUGGCUGGUUGUCGUGGUAUUACUUCUCUUGAACUCACAUGUCCUUAUCUUGAGCAAGUUUCACUGGAUGGCUGUGAUCAUCUUGAAACAGCUUCAUUCUGCCCUGUUGGUCUUCGGUCACUUAAUCUGGGAAUAUGUCCCAAACUAAAUGUACUCCAUAUUGAUGCACCACAGAUGGUGUCACUUGAAUUGAAGGGAUGCGGUGUAUUAUCUGAAGCAUGCAUUAAUUGCCCUCUCUUAACAUCUUUGGAUGCUUCAUUUUGCAGCCAACUCAAGGAUGAUUGUUUGUCUGCAACAACUGUAUCAUGCCCACUCAUCGAAUCAUUGAUACUGAUGUCUUGCCCAUCUGUUGGUUCUGAGGGACUCUCAUCUUUGCGCUCGCUUCCACAUCUGAUCUUGCUUGACUUGUCCUACACUUUUUUGAUUGAUUUGCAUCCAGUUUUUGAGUCCUGUUUGCAGUUAAAGAUUUUAAAAUUACAAGCGUGCAAGUAUCUCACUGACUCAUCACUAAAGGCUCUUUACAAAGAAGGUGCUCUCCCAGCCCUCCGCGAGUUGGACUUAUCAUAUGGGACGCUUUGCCAGACUGCCAUAGAGGAGCUUCUUGCUUGUUGUACACAUUUGACCCAUGUGAGCUUAAAUGGAUGUGUGAAUAUGCAUGACCUGAAUUGGGGUUCCAGUGCCGAUCAGAUAUCAGAGCUACCUAGCAUUCAUGGCUCAUCUGGCUUGUAUUUUAAAGAUGAGCAGCCAAAUCGUUUUCUGCAGCACCUCAACUGUGUUGGCUGUCCUAAUAUCAAGAAAGUUUUUAUUCCUCCAAUGGCACGGUGUUUCCAUUUAUCAUCAUUAAACCUGUCUCUGUCUGCAUAUUUAAAGGAAGUCGAUGUUGCUUGUUUCAAUUUAUGCUUUCUAAAUUUGAGCAAUUGUUGCUCCUUGGAAAUUUUGAAGCUCAAGUGUCCAAGAAUGAGUAGCCUUUUUCUCCAGUCUUGCAACAUUGAUGAGGAAACAGUUGAAGCAGCCAUAUCACAAUGUAACAUGCUGGAGACCCUUGAUGUCCGCUUUUGUCCAAAGAUAUCCCCAUUGAGCAUGGGAAGGUUACGGGCAGCAUGCCCGAACCUGAAGCGCAUCUUCAGCAGCCUCGUACCAUCAUAACGUGGUCAAGCAUACGGGAUUAUUUUGUUGAGAAGCUCUUAUUUGAUCUGGUUGCAGCAGGGCUGCUCAAGCUUGGUAACUUGUCUACUUUUGCUCUCGUGCAUUGUAAAUUUCUGAAGUCUUUAUUUUUUUGUGUUCUUUGUGUCCAUGUACUAGUAGUACUCAACUGUGAUGUAAGCUAUACAACAAGUUUUCUUCAUUGGAUGUCUAUUUUUAUUUUAUUUUAUAUAUAAUGUGUGUAGUUGAUCCAACUAUUUUAACAACUUUAUAAUAAG